CGAGGUGGAAAGACAUGGAAUCCUCCAUGAUCCGCAGCCCAUCGGGGCGGGAGAUCAGCAAACUAUAAAGCCCUGUCCAAAUUCACUCCUGGAAUUCACCCGGCGCACGUUGUUGAUCAUCCUCUGCCAAGACACGCCGAAGAUCGUUUACUCCCCAGCCUCGUCAAACACAUCCAAUAUGAAGCUCACCACCUCGGUCGCCCUGCUUGCCGCGGCGGGCGCGCAAGCCCACUACACCUUCCCGCAGACGGACAUCAACGGCCAGCUCUCCGGCGAAUGGGUGACGAUCCGUGAGACGACGAACCACUACUCGCACGGGCCGGUCACCGACGUCACGUCGGACCAGAUCCGCUGCUACGAGCUCAACCCGGGCACCCCCGCGCCCCAGAUCGCCACGGUGCAGGCCGGCGGCACCGUGACCUUCACCGUCGACCCAAGCAUCCAGCACCCGGGCCCGCUGCAGUUCUACAUGGCCAAGGCGCCGUCGGGCCAGACCGCCGCCACCUUCCAGGGCACCGGCAACGUCUGGUUCAAGAUCUACGAGGACGGCCCGUCCGGCCUCGGCACCAGCAACAUCACCUGGCCUAGCAGCGGCAAAACCGAAGUCAGCGUCAAGAUCCCCUCGUGCAUCGCGCCGGGCGACUACCUCCUGCGCGUGGAGCACAUCGCGCUGCACAGCGCCAGCACCGUCGGCGGCGCCCAGUUCUACCUCGCGUGCGCCCAGCUGACCGUCACCGGCGGCACCGGCACCCUCAACACGGGCGAGCUCGUCGCCUUCCCCGGCGCCUACAGCGCCACCGACCCGGGCAUCCUCUUCCAGCUGUACUGGCCCAUCCCGACCAGCUACACCAACCCCGGCCCGGCGCCCGUUAGCUGCUAAAUUCCAGAGCCGAUCGACUCAAGCUAUUGACUUGGACACGUACUUGUACCUCGAUAGCGUAUGUGAGCCUGGGGAUCUGCCCCAGUGCCUGCUCAUUGUUUAUGAGCUGGCUAUGAUAAUUGAGCUGCAGAUACAAAGUCGGCUUUAUCUCAAAUCAACGCACAUCCAGCCUCCAUCUAAAGUCAACGCGCUCUAUUCUCUGACUGCCAACCCCAACUUGUAGGAUG